AUGGUGCCCAGAAUACCCAACGAUGUUGGCCCGAGCCAUGCUUCUCCCAGCUACUUCGAUCUUUCGCCUCGUCGCUCAGGUAACGCUCCGCGUCGUGACGUGCAAGCCGCCCUCUCUUCCUUCCGCUUCUCCAGCCAUGCUGCCGGCACAGCCGAGAGUCCCUUGGGUGGUGCUAAUACUUCCAACGCCACCUUUAGCUUGUCAGGAUCUGUGAAUGACGAGUAUGUUGAGCCCUUGGGCUUGAUGGAUACCAGCAGCCGACGACCGAGUGUUCAGAGGACAUCGAGUGCGCCCGAAGCCUCUUUGUCCAAGUCGACUUUGUUUGUCGAGCCGGCCGGUCCUUCACUACCUUGCCCAAUCAUCGCCCGUGCCUGCUCCGAGAGUCGUGCCUCUGGUGUUUUGCAACGUCGCCGCCGCAAGGUCGCGUCCAGUCGCGAUGCGCUUCCAUCUACGCUUAUGCUUGACUUGGCCAACCUGCCCAUGACACUGGGCGCAGGCAACCUGGGUCUUUUGCGCGCCGCUCGCAAGGCUAUUAUUGAGCCAAGUGGCUUUGAUUGGGGUCGUACCGCAACAUCUGCUCCUCCUUCUACAGCCAACUCGCACUUCUUGGCUCAGCAACUGCAGAGCUUCACCAUGUCUUCUCCAGCCCGCGCCUCGGUGGGCUCAGUUCAUGCGCCAGCCACCGUCUCCUUGCCUGCUUCAACGUCAGCCUCGGUCUCGGCAUCACCAGAGUCGAACCGCGUCGGCAGCAAUCUCACGUCGUCUCGAUCCUGCGUUGGUUCUCAUUGGAGCAAUCGCAUAUCCGCCUCGGACGAAUCGGAAUGGGAUUGGGCUCUGGCAGGAAAUGCAAGGGCGACGCUUGAAGCGCUUCGCCAUAGCGCGUACAAGGAGACCAGGGAGCCAGUGCACGAUAUUUGGCAGCAGUUGCCCGACUGGGUGAGCCGUCGCUCCUCGCUCGGCGGAAGAGAUGCGGAUCUCUCUUUGCGUGGCCCUGGGCUGCACAACUCGUUAGCUUCACAUAAGGCUGGCAAAGGACAGACUUGA